AUGCAUUGCAGGCACUAUGCAAGCUGCGGCCAGCCAUGGUUUGUGGAAGAGAUGGCGCACAUGGCCCAGUACAUCAUGGAAAGUCACGACGUGAUGCAAACUUGCACAGGAUUUUUGGCAACUGCGCUCUUCAUGACGCUGUCUUUCCGUAUGAAUCGCGCUGCCUCCAGAUGGUGGAAAGGCCGGGAGCUGUGUGCGGACUUGCUGAGCAACGCGCGCUCCUUGAGCCAAGAGGCGAAGCUCUGCUGCAGCGACAAGGCAUAUGCGACAGAGAUCAGCUUGUUGGGAUAUGCUUUCGUGCGAGCCGCUGAGUUUCAUGUGCGCUUGGAGCCCAAUGAGCGCUUUGUUGAGGCCUUUGAGAACUUGCUCCGCAAGCCCAUCCUGGAGGACCUCCUGAGAGCUCCACACAGACCGUACUUUCUGACACAGCGGCUGACCCUUCGACUUGCUGAUGCCUACGAUGCGGGCCACACAAAGAACGUGCGCCUGGUGGUUGCAGUCCAAAGCUACAUCAACAACUUGUCAAAGACCAUGGAAUCCAUGGAGAUGUUGCGGAGUACCCCGGAGCCAUGGGGCUAUCAGAAGCACAACGCGCUUUUGAUGCAGCUGUGGCUUGCGAUUUUGCCCAUGGCCUUGACGCCGACGUUGUUGUGGGCGUCGCCAGUGCUUGGUGCUGCUAUAGGAUACUCGGUCUACAAGCUGGAGGACGUCGCUGUGGAAGUUUGCAAUCCGUUUGGAAUGGACAACAGUGACAUCAGCUUAUGCAUCAUCAAUGACAGGUUUCAGCAAGAGUUGCUGGCAGCGUUGCAGACCUGGCUGCAGCACCGUUCAUGCGACGCAGUGAUCCCUCAACUUUCCGAGCCCUUCAGCUCGGGGGGCCUGCGCGACUAA